AUGUCGUCCGGGAGGGCCGAGCUGAAGGAGGGCGCUUCCGCGGCUAAGUUCUUCGUGGGCUCCCGCGAUGAGGAGGUGGACUUCCCGGGAGCAGAGCUGAAGAUGGAGGAGCUGCGCUUCUUUGAGGAUGAGGAGGAGGAAGAGGAGGAGGAGGAGUCGCCUCCAGAACGGCAGAUUGUGGUUGGCAUUUGCGCCAUGACCAAAAAGUCCAAAUCGAAGCCCAUGACCCAAAUCCUGGAGCGGCUGUGCAAGUUUGAAUACAUCGCGGUGGUGAUCAUGGGGGAAGACGUCAUCCUAAACGAGCCAGUGGAGAAGUGGCCGGCCUGCGACUGCCUGGUCUCCUUCCACUCCAAAGGGUUCCCUCUGGACAAAGCCGUUGCUUACGCCAAGCUCCGCAACCCUUUUCUGAUUAACGACCUUGAUAUGCAAUAUUACAUCCAGGACAGGCGGGAGGUCUACCGGAUCCUGCAGGAAGAGGGAGUCGACCUGCCUCGUUAUGCGGUGCUGAACCGGGACCCUGAUCGCCCAGAGGAGUGCAGCCUGGUGGAGGGAGAGGACCACGUGGAGGUCAACGGGGCCAUUUUCCCCAAGCCCUUUGUGGAAAAGCCAGUCAGUGCUGAGGACCACAACGUCUACAUCUACUAUCCCUCUUCGGCUGGUGGGGGCAGCCAGCGCCUUUUCCGCAAGAUUGGGAGCCGCAGCAGCGUCUACUCUCCAGAGAGCAGCGUACGGAAGACUGGAUCAUAUAUUUAUGAGGAGUUCAUGCCUACGGAUGGCACAGAUGUCAAGGUCUACACGGUGGGUCCCGACUAUGCUCAUGCCGAGGCACGGAAGUCCCCUGCUCUUGAUGGGAAGGUGGAACGGGAUAGCGAAGGAAAGGAGAUCCGCUACCCAGUUAUGUUAACAGCCAUAGAAAAGCUGGUGGCCCGAAAAGUCUGUGUGGCCUUCAAGCAGACAGUGUGCGGCUUUGACUUACUGCGGGCCAACGGCCAGUCCUUCGUCUGUGAUGUCAACGGCUUCAGUUUUGUGAAGAACUCUAUGAAGUACUAUGACGACUGUGCCAAGCUCCUUGGGAACAUCAUCAUGCGUGAAAUGGCUCCCCAGUUCCAGAUCCCCUGGUCCAUCCCCACGGAAGCAGAAGACAUCCCCAUUGUGCCCACCACUUCAGGGACAAUGAUGGAGCUACGGUGUGUGAUUGCAGUUAUAAGGCAUGGCGAUCGGACCCCCAAGCAGAAGAUGAAGAUGGAAGUGAAACAUCCCAGGUUCUUUGUUCUGUUUGAAAAAUACGAGGGCUACAAGACUGGGAAGCUGAAGCUGAAAAAGCCGGACCAGCUUCAGGAGGUGCUGGACAUUGCUCGGCUGCUGGUGCAGGAGCAGGGCGCCCUCGGAGACGCCGUGGCAGAGGAGCAAAAGUCGAAACUGGAGCAGCUGAAGACCGUGUUGGAGAUGUACGGGCACUUUUCUGGAAUCAACCGCAAAGUGCAGCUGACCUACCUGCCUCAUGGGCACCUGAAGGCAUCCAGUGAUGAGGAAGAUCUCAAGGAAGCCUCCCCGUCUUUGCUCUUGGUGCUGAAGUGGGGGGGUGAGCUGACCCCUGCAGGCAGAGUGCAAGCGGAGGAGCUGGGCCGAGCCUUCCGCUGCAUGUAUCCAGGGGGCCAAGGAGACUAUGCUGGUUUUCCAGGCUGUGGCCUCCUUCGGUUGCACAGCACCUACCGCCAUGAUCUCAAGAUCUACGCCUCUGAUGAGGGCAGAGUUCAGAUGACGGCAGCAGCAUUUGCAAAGGGCCUCCUUGCUCUGGAGGGGGAGCUGACGCCCAUCCUAGUGCAAAUGGUGAAGAGCGCCAACAUGAACGGCCUGCUGGAUAGUGACAGUGACUCCCUCAGCAGUUGCCAGCACCGAGUGAAGGCUCGUCUGCGAGAAAUCAUGCAGAAAGACGCCUCGUUCUGCACGGAGGACUAUGAGAAGCUGGCGCCCACAGGCAGUGCUUCCCUCAUCAAGUCCAUGGGGAUAAUUGGGAAUCCAGUGGAGACCUGCGAGCAAGUCUUUGAACUGAUUGAGAACCUCACUUCCCAGAUCCAGAAACGUCUGGAAGACCCCAAGUCUGCCGACUUGCAGCUGUACCACAGCGAGACCCUGGAGCUGAUGUUGCAGCGCUGGAGGAAGCUGGAGCAGGACUUCCAACUGAAGAACCGACGUUACGAUAUCAGCAAGAUCCCCGACAUCUACGACUGUGUCAAGUACGACAUCCAGCACAACGCUGCCCUGCAGCUGGAAGGCACUCUUGAGCUGCUCGGGCGCUCUAAGGCGCUGGCGGACGUCGUGAUCCCCCAGGAGUACGGCAUCAGUCAGCAGGAGAAGCUGGAGAUUGCAGUGGGAUUUUGCCUGCCCCUCAUCAAGAAGAUCCAGCUGGAUCUGCAGCGAACCCACGAGGAUGAGUCUGUCAACAAGCUGCACCCUUUGUAUUCCAGGGGAGUCCUGUCUCCAGGGCGCCAUGUCCGGACACGUUUGUACUUCACCAGCGAGAGCCACGUCCAUUCCCUGCUUAGCAUCUUCCGCUAUGGAGGCCUGCUGGAUGCCUCGAAAGAUGCCCAGUGGAAGAGGGCCAUGGACUACCUGGGGGCCAUUUCGGAGCUGAACUACAUGACUCAGAUUGUCAUUAUGCUGUACGAGGAUAACAACAAGGACCCAUCGUCUGAGGAGAGGUUCCAUGUGGAGCUGCAUUUCAGUCCCGGAGUGAAAGGUUGCGAGGAGGAAGGCAGUGCCCCAGCGGGAUGCGGUUUUCGCCCAGCCUCUGCAGAGAAGGAGGCCAGAAAGCCGGAGCAGGGGAGUCUGGAGGACCUGGCCGAGGCCAAGGUCAGCGACGAGACAGACAGGGCCGAGACACAGUCCCCGCAGCCUCUGGAGCCGGUCUGCGUCCAGCGCCGGUCACCCUUGAUCCGGAACCGCAAGACGGGCUCCAUGGAGGUGCUGUCCGAGUCAUCCAAAUCCAGCGGGUAUCGGCUCUUUUCCUACGCCAGGCAUUCAUCAGAGGGGAAACAGAGCGGCUUAGGGUCACCGUGCUCAAGGCUCUUCAGCACCACAGUCCUGGGGGGCUCCUCCAGUGCCCCAAAUCUUCAGGACUAUGCACGCAGCCAUGGGAAAAAGUUUGUCUCCAGCUUUCUGUACAAAGAAGAGCUCUUGUCUAUGCCAGCCAUAAAGAGAUUUUCUGUGUCAUUUGCAAAGCAUCCAACUAAUGGGUUCGAAGGCUGCUCCAUGGUGCCCAGCAUCUACCCACUGGAGACGCUGCACAACUGCCUCUCCCUUCGCCAGGUCAGCGAUUUCCUGACUGCUCUGUCUGGGAGCUGCCCCGUCCCCCAGCCGAGGCCCUGCACAGAGGGGAACAGCCGGUUGGAUGUGGCCUCCGGCACAGGCCUCAUGGAAUCCUUGUCCUCUUUGGCCAUCUGCUUCCACGGGGACCAGCCUGGCAGCCAGCUCCCCAGUGAGGAACUGCUCAGCGUGGAGGAAGGGGGCCUCAAGGGCUUCUCCCCCUGGGGGGAGCUCCUGGCAGUGAGCGAGGAGGAGGCGGCGGGGCCAGAGCAAAACCGGCUGGAGGAGGCCCCAGCCCAGCGGGAAGAGCAGCCAGAGGAGGGAGAGGGGCAGCCGUGGGGCCUCUGGGGCCCAGAACCAGACCCAGAUGAGCUGAACAGCAAAAAGGUGUGA